AAUUAGGACAAGAAGUUGUGUUUAGAACCUUUAGAUGUGUAAGGUGGCAAUUUAUUUUGACAGUAAAUGAUGGAAAGAGACAAUAUGAAAAUAUAGCUUGAUGCUGCAAAUGUGCAGGCCAGCAAAGUUAAUUGAAUUAAAGUUUUUGUCAAAUUUUGUUGCAUAUAAUCCUAUGAAAUAAUCAUGUAAGGCAAUACUAGUGGAGAUUUUAAGGUUUUCAGUAUUACAUUAGCACACAACUGUUAUUCAACAUUAUAAAUGUUCAGAUGAAGAACGGUGUUGCCAGAUUGGUUUGUUUUACAGCCUAUUUGUUUAAAAUCCACGCAAAAUUAUAUAAUUAACACCCAAACAAAUCGUAUAAUUAAUGUAUAAUUAAUGUAAUAAGUAAUUAUAUCAUAACUUAUUGACUGAUUCGUAUAUGAAUUAUAUAUAAUUUAAUUUUAGACAACAUUUCUUGUCUAAUUAUUUUCUAAAAUGUCAUUAACAAUAUUAAAUUCUAGUUUAUUGAACUGUAUACAAUGAAUAUCACAUAAAAUAUAGCUCAUUCUGGCAACACAGAUGAAGAGAAUACUGGUGUAAAAUGUUCAAUUCUGUUUUUUCUUUAGGACCCUCAAAAUUGGCAGCUUCUAAAACGAGUUUUAUUCUUACACACAUACACACACAAAACACACACACAAACAAAGGCACUUUUAAGAGCCACGUCUGUCUUGUUAAUCUGCACUUAUCAGUCUCUCUCUAGCUCUCUCUCUCUCUCUCUCUCUCUCUCUCUCUCUCUCUCUCUCUCUCUCUCUCUCUCUCUACAUUUAUUUGUUUGUCUGUCAUCUCUUCGUUGUGAGUCUUUCUGUCUGUUUGUGUUUCUGCCCAUCACAAUGUCCAAGAGUGAUUCAGAAAUCCAAGAUCAUCUCAUGAUCUUGGAUAACUUGGUUGAUGACCAAGAACUGAAAGAUGAGCUCCAAAGUCUUGAUGACCUUCUUGAUGAGCUGCAGGAAGAGGAGGCAGCAGCAGCAGCACCAGUAAAGACACCUGAACCGAGGGUGGUUUGGAGAAAAAGAGACAAUACUGGAAAUAUCGUUCAUGCGAGGCCAAGAUCAAGCAGGAAUCAUUCAGAUAAGGCUGAUCACAUUCGGAAGACUGAUCCUCCCUUCAUUGCUCCUGACCCUAACUGUGAGGUGGCCUUUACUCCAGAGACUGUUGAGUGUUUUCUACAAGAUCUCCAACACUCACUAAGUGAAUUCUCUGGUGAUGAAGCAUCACCUCUUGAAACCCCAAGAGAUCCUCUUCUGGCUUCCUCAAACUGGAGCAAAAGACAAAGUCUCUUUUCAGAGAGGUGGAGGGCAGAGAGACCCCGCCUGGUAAACACGGCUGCGGAAAGGGAACAUGUGGCAACACACAUCUGCCAACAGUGUGGGAGUAAUCCAGCGGCUGUCCGGUGUUGUGACUGUAGACCACGUCCCUUCUUCUGUGCUGAAUGUGACGUCAGCAUGCACACCAGACAUGUUCUUCACAACAGAGAUGCCAUGACUGCUGGAUUCUUCCAACCAUUGCCUCCAACAACUUACGUGGUGGAUAUGGCUCUUUCCCAUUGUGUCCGGCUUGUACCUGUGGAGAUGCCUGACAAAAUCUGUGGUUGCUCACCAGAGUCAUUGAGGGUUAGUCCAGGAAAGACUGUUGCUGUGGUCACAAUGAAUGGACGACAUGAUCUAAGCAUGCCCGAGUUAAUUUGUGAGGCAUGCCAAGCCACUUGGACUUCUGGAGUCGCUGACCUAAACAGAAGUGACUACUGGCCUGCAACCCUUCAAUUUGCCACAGUUUAUGCCACAGAUGUAUUUUUUUCAUUUGAAGAAAUGAAGAUGGCGGCACCAGGACUGUCCUGCCAAGCAUUUUUAAGAAUGCUGAAUCAGCGAACUGUCCGCUUUGGUCGUACUGGCAAGAUCUCAGCGGACAGUUUUCUGAAAAGUUUUUUUGAGUGGGAGGCUGUGCGAUUUGAGUUGGACAAUAUGUGCAAGGAAGAACCCUUUAACUGUCCUGCGUGCACCCCUGAAAUGCUUGCAGUUUCAGUUGAUGGAAACCGCAAGCAUUAUCGUUUCAAGAAUGCUGCUAGAUCUGAGGAACAGGCCAUCUUUGAAGACGUCUUCAUUGCCAAGGAUGAAGACGUGAAAAGAUUUGUGGACCACAUUCACAACACAACCAAACAUGUCAGUGGAAGAGGUGUUUGUGGAGGUGAGUGGUCAGCAGCCAGAGAGACCUCACAAAGAUCUGCCAGCAAGGUAGACGAGGAGGGAUUGGAGCUUGCGGUGUGUCGGCACGGUGUCCUGCUCUCUGCCUUAAAUAUGUAUAGGGGGGAAAUUUUUGCCUAUCCCCUGUACCUGCAAGAAAAGCUGGCCAGUAGGCAAAUCACUUUUUUUUGCAUGGAUGUGACCUGCAAAUAUUGGCCCUACCUCCAAAGAGUUGCGAAAAGCUGUCCAGAGCUCCAGCACCUUCUGAACAUGAAGCCUUUCCUUUCGGUAUUUCAUGCCAAAGCCCAUGAUUUUAAAUGUGAGGUGAAAUGGAGUGGGGCAUAUCAGGAUGGGGCUGGUCUAACACUGGGGGAGGAGGUGGAACAGUGCAAUGCCUUCCUCUCUAGGAUUGCAGUGACCACAAAACAUAUGUCAAAAGCAGGACGCACAGACAUGCUCACUCUCAUGGCCAUGCGCUGGAAUCAGCAAAAGGUUAACAAUUUGGCAAUCUCACUGACCCGCCGAUAUCAAAAGACCACAAAAUCUCUGCAAAGCCAGUUACAAAACCUAGAGACCAUGAAAGCCCAAUUGACAGUGACAGCGAGCCAAUUGGAAGACUGGGUGAAUGAUGUAAAGGAUUGGGCUGACGCAGCAACAACAGCAACAACAACUACGAAUGAUGCUGAUGCCCUGGCCAGCAGAAUUGAGGUGCUGGUAGCCAGUAUCAAGAGACGUUCCCAGCGUCUCUAUAAAGAUAACGAUGGCAACAAAGGUCGAGCCAGAAUCCGCCGCAAGAUCAGGGAGGAGAAGGGAAUCCUGACAUCUGUUGUGGAGAAAUACAACAGAAUGGUUCCAAUCACAGAAACUCUUUGCCUAGACACCAUUUUGUCUGGUGAGACAGCUUGGCCAUGGCAGCUCCCACACAGUGACUCUGUCGAUCUAAGGACAAAGAGAAGAGCUUUUGACAUCAUCAUGUCAGUAAGAAGGCUUGAGGAGGAGCAGAAGAUUCUUGUUGCAGAGAUGGACCACCAUUGGAAAUCUCUCUCAGCUCGUUCUGAUACCCUCAGAGAGCUGUCCUGCUUAUUUUCAAAUUCGCAAUGUGAUCUAAGUGGAGAGGGUUUGAAAGGUCUGCACAGCAUCAUCCUCAGAAAGCGGCAUCAAAUCAGAGAAAUGAAGGUGCAAGCAAGAGACUGUUACCUCCAAGUUUUGUCUGGAGCAGAGAACAUCAGCUUUUUGGACAAUGCAUCAUCUGAUGAGUACGACAGUGACGAUGACAUUUCUGAUGAUGGACUGUAAUCUACAAGACUGUAACACCUUUCAUACUUGGACAAUAGCCUUAACUAUGAAUAUAAAGCAUGUAAUAAAAUCUGCUAUUUAUCACCAUAUAAAUAAAACCAAAGUGUAACCUCUUCUUUCA